ACACAUUCAGAUUGUGAGGUGGGACUAUAAAUAGAGGGAGUGAAGCUAGGAGAGACCAGAUACUCUGCACAGAGACCUCUACAACACACAAAUCCAAAUAUGGCACCUAAAAUCAUUGCAGCACCAGCCAACCAUCAGGAGCAUCUUACUCUGAACCACAAGCUCAGAAAGCCUUUUGUGGAGAAAUUACGCAGAGAGCGAAUCAACAGCAGCAUUGAGCAGCUCAAGACACUCCUGGGUCCGGAGUUCCUAAAACAGCAGCCAGACUCCAAGAUGGAGAAAGCUGACAUCCUGGAGAUGACGGUCUGCUUCCUCAGACGACUGCAGAAACAGCAGAAACAUCCAGCUGUGGACACAGGAGCUGCAGAUAUUGGCUACUCCAGAUGUGUCCAAGAGGUGAUGCACUUCCUGUCCAAAGAUGAGCUGGAGACACAGUCCAAGAGUCAGCUGCUGAACCACUGCAGUAAGGUGCGGACUACCUCUGAUGAGAACCUUCAAGAGGCUGAUUUCUCUUCCACGAACGCCACAGUCCAGACAAGCUUUGAUAAGGACAACCAUCCGAAUACCAGCGCCCUCUGGAGACCGUGGUAGACAUGAACAGAGAGACGUUGCUACCUCAAAAAGUAAACCAGACUGAUAGACUGCAUUGUCUACUUUAAUGUCAUGUAUUUCUAUGAAAUACUUCUUUUAAAAGUAAAUAAGCCUUUGAUUAAAUAGGGCUUUUAUUUUGCAUGUGAUCAAAUUUCCUGUGGAAAUUAUAACUUAGUAUUUUCUUUGAAUAUCUUUCAGGUUAUAUUGACCAACUUGUUAUUGUCUCUGUUGAUUUCUCUGUAAUUCUAUGGUUUACUAUAAAUUCUUUAAUAAUGAUCAUGAUGGUCAAAAAUGAAAUUGUCCUUUUUUUUAGGACAAUGUUGUUCUUUUUACAUUAUCCAAGUUCCAUACUAACCUUUUAUGUCCUUGAUUGUUACAUAAUGUGACCUAUCAUCACCUUUUAAGGGCUUUAUUUAACUGAUUGAUUUAAAAAUUAAUAGGCCUAUCUUAAAAACAAGGAGUUAAUUUUUACUGUUGCUUUUUUACUUUAUUGGAUUUUAUGGAUAAUUUGAUCUGUUUUAAGGUCACUCUAUUUUUACUGAAGUUUAUUAAGUUUUAUUUGAAAAUUCAGCAAAUCUUUUGUCUUUUAAAAAGAUGUGUCUCAGAUCUUUACACUCUGUGAGUAUACUGUGACUUGUUGAAAUCAACAAGUUGUUGUUGUGAUGCAUCAUCACUUCUUAAUGGAGCUUUUGUACUUUCUGUCAUUUGGUGCCUUUAAUAAACAACUGAGCUGAAACUGAA